CCCUGAGUCUGAGGAGCCCCUUGAACCCCAGGCCUCAGUGUUGGGGGGGGGGGGCUUUCCACGAGACGCUCUUGUGCCUUGGACCGAGGGACCUGCCACGAGCUCCCAGGUGGCCGCUGGUCUUGGUGCGGCCGCGGGGCCUACAGCGGACCCACCGCACUGCCUUCUGGACCACACUGCCCACCGAGGUGGGUGCCUGGAAGCAGCGACAGCCUGGCUGCCCACAGAGCCCGCAGCGGCCCCAGGCCAGCCCGCCUCCCGUGUGGCUGCUGCUUGGCAGGAGCCCAAACUCCGGCCCCGCCACGGCUGAGGGACGCUCCGCUCUGGUCUUGGUGUGCAGCCUUUCAGGGCGCUUGGUUCUAGAGGCUUUGUUCCUGCGUUCCUCGCGCCACCCUCCCCCGGGCACCCCGUCCUCCACCUGCGGGGGUGCCCCCCCACCACGCAGCCUUGGGAACGCGCUUUCGCUUUCCAGUUCGCACCUGGCACUGUUUCAGCUCGUGUCUCCUUUUCCUGCGGGCGUCUUUGGACGCGUGGUUAUUUAGAGGUUUCUGUGUAAUUUUCAAAUGUUUAGGGGUUUUCCAGUUAGCGUUUUGUUACGGAUUUCCAGUUCCUGAUAACAUGACGUUUCCAUCGUUGAGUUUUUACAAACACCCACUGUGACAGGGACACUGGUGGUCGCAGUUCCAUCAAGGGCCCAGAACCAGCUGGUCCUGGAAGCGUGAUGUCAGCCUCUGUCCUCCCGGAGACCCGCGGGGGUGGGGGGUGGGCGUCGGCUGCCCGCGCCCGCCAGACUCCGACGCGCCGGAGGCCCAGGGACGGAGGAUGGCAGGGAGCUGGUGCGGUGAGGUGCACUGUCUGGGCGGUGGAGCCCGGAGCCCUGGUCUGGACCUUCUCUGCCUGCCCGGCCUCUCCCUAGCUGUUGCCUCCACCUGGCAGCCAGCGUCUCCCGCCGGCGACGCAUUGGCCUGGGGCUUUCCCCGGCUUGAGCAGGGCUGGGGGCCUUCUCCCCUGAUGGUAGGCCCGACCUCUGCCGGCUGGGGAACAGCGCUUAUGAAAGCAGUUUGUGUGGCGUCAGGCUCCCAGGAACCUGCUGCAGAGAGCUGGCUGAGGGGAGACGCUUCCUGGAAGAAACGGGCUUGUGCUGUGCUGGCUGUGGUGCAGGCUGGAGACCACAUGGGACAAGCGUGGCCAGGUCCCUGGCCUGCCGGCCGCAGCGGCCUUUCCAGCUGUGUGCCCUCUGGACGCUGCCCUCCUAGGAUCAAGUCCCCGCGGUGGGCGGCUGCACGCGUGGGCCCCGGCGGAGCGCCCGGAGCUGGGACUCCCACCCUCCUCUCGCAGGUUGCCCGCACUGCUGGUUCCCAGCCAGUCCCUGCUGGAGAAGCCUCUGGAAGGCGGCGUCCAGGCCAGAGCAGACUGGACGGUGCACUGGUCUCCUCUGGCUCCAGGGAGGGUCUUUGCUCACACUUCCACUUAGUGGGCGCCAGGGCUGGGCCUCCAGGCCUCUAAGCAAGACUUCCACUUCCCUCCGCCCCGCCUCCCGGGCCCUGCCAGGCAGGCGAAUCAGAAGGCAGGCCCCAGGAGCGGCUCCCUCGGGGAGGACCUGCCAGGCUCCGUGGAGCUCCCCAGCACCGUCAGGAAGGCACGGUUCUCCUCCCAGGCUCUGCCGGCUGGCCGGCAGCACCUCCUCCCGCUCAUCGGACGAGGGUGGCCCAGGCUGACCCACAUCCCACCGCGCAGGGGCCCCUCCAGGACCUUGAGCUCUCCCGCUGACUGCAGCCGUGACCAUCGCCAUGUCAGACUAUGAGAACGAGGACCAGUGCUGGGGCGCCCUGGAGAGCUUCCGCGUGAAGCUCAUCUCCAUCAUCGACCCCUCGCGCAUCACGCCCUACCUGCGCCAGUGCAAGGUGCUGAGCCCCGACGACGAGGAGCAGGUGCUCAGUGACCCCAACCUGGUCAUCCGCAAGCGGAAAGUGGGUGUGCUCCUGGACAUCCUGCAGCGGACUGGCCACAAGGGCUACGUAGCCUUCCUCGAGAGCCUGGAGCUCUACUACCCACAGCUCUACAAGAAGGUCACGGGCAAGGAACCUACCCGUGUCUUCUCCAUGAUCAUCGACGCAUCGGGGGAGUCGGGCCUGACGCAGCUGCUGAUGAGCGAGGUGCUGAAGCUGCAGAGGAAGGUGCAGGAGCUGACGCAGCGGCUGGGCUCCCGGGACGAGCUGGCGGCCGAGCUGCGGCUGAAGGACGGGCUGCUCCGCAAGCACCAGGAGCGCGCGCAGCGGCUGCGGGAGGAGUGCGAGGCCGGCGCCCGCGAGCUCCGGCGCUGCAAGGAGGAGAACUAUGACCUGGCCCUGCGCCUGGCCCGCCAGAGCGAGGAGAAGGGCGCCGCGCUCACGCACAGCCGCGACCUGCAGCUCGAGGUGGAGCGGCUCAAGCACUGCCUCGUGAAGGCAGAGGACGACUGCCGGACGGAGCGCAGGAACACGCUGAAGCUGCGGCACGCCGUGGAGCAGCGGCCCAGCCAGGAGCUGGUGUGGGAGCUGCAGCAGGAGAAGACGCUGCUGCGGGCGCGCGUGCAGGAGCUGGAGGCCGCCGUGCAGGAAGGGAAGCCAGACAAGAGCAGCCCCUACGUCCAGGUGCUGGAGGGGGACUGGAGGCAGGCGCUGCGGGACCACCAAGAGCAGGCCGACACCAUCCUGUCUCUGCGCAAGGCCCUGCGGCAGGGCGAGGCCCUGCAUGCCCGGUGCGUGGAGGAGAAGGAGAUGUUCGAGCUGCAGUGCCUGGCCCUCCGGAAAGACUCCGAGAUGUACAAGGACCGCAUCGAGGCCGUGCUGCGGCAGAUGGAGGAGGUGGCCAGUGAGAGGGACCAGGCCAUCGCCACGCGGGAGGAGCUGCACGCACAGCACUCAAGGAGCCUGCGGGAGAAGGAUGCGCUGCGGAAGCAGGUCCGGGAGCUGGCUGAGAAGGCGGACGACCUGCAGCUCCAGCUGUUCCAGCGCGAGGGCCAGCUGCUGGCCGCGGAGGGCAGGCUCAGGCGGCAACAGCUGGACGCUCUCAUCCUGAGCUCCGACCUGGAGGACAGCUCACCCAGGAACUCCCAGGAGCUCUCGCUUCCCCUGGACCUGGAGGCCAUCCAGCUCUCAGACAAAGGUGGCCCGGCCGACGGGGACAGCCCACAGCAGCCCUUUGCGGCUCUGCAGGAGGAGCAGCUUUCCCUGACCCCCAAUGACGCGGGCCCGAGCGGCGGGGAGCCCCCCGAGAAGGAGCGGCGGCGCCUCAAGGAGAGCUUCGAGAACUACCGCAGGAAGCGCGCGCUCCGGAAGAUGCAGCCCGGCGCGCGGCCGGCGGAGGCGGACUGGGAGAACACCACGGGCAGCGACAACACCGACACCGAGGGCUCCUAGCCAGGCCCGCGCGCGGGGACCACGCCGGGCCGGGGGCGUUCUCUGGGCGGGCAGCACUGUCACAUGCAGUUCCGUGAAUAAACGACCGGGGUCCCGGUUCCGUGUCCU